AUCGCGCAGUGCACCCCACGCGCCGUCGUCCAACGCCUAUCCAUUGCACAUUCAUUUCUUCACUAUCUAUCAGACUAUCCCAUCAUCACACACUCUCUCUCUCUCUGCUUCAGUUCCGAGCUAGUGUCAUGUGUAUAUCUCUGUAUCCAUCUCUCUCAGCUCACGGAGUUGGAAGGGUUUAGUUUCGCUCUCGUGUUGCUACUUCCGUCCACGAUUCUGCGGCGCUGAUGGAGAGGAGCCUGCAUUCGCCGCCUGGAAUGGAGGACACGUGGCGGAGACAGCUGUGGCGACAGUCCGAGCUUCCUCCUCCGCCCUCCUCAUUGCUCGAUUCUCGUGCUCAGCUCUCUGAUGCAGAUUGUCGUCUUUAUAUGCAAUUGCUGCAAGAAUCAAUGCCGUUAACUGGUGGAGUGACCCGGGAUCACAUGCCAUCUAACAUGCAUGGUGUCGAAAACUUGGGGCAUGCUGAUCUUGGAGCUUCAUUCUUAUCUCUGAUCUCAGGUCCAACGGCUCAUGUGCCCUGUGAUCAGCAGAAUUUAUUGGAUCCAAAUACGUUACCGGUCUCCAAUCCACAUCCUCCAAGUGGUGGGACUGCCAACGGAUUUUCCAGGGGAAGCAGAGUUUCGGUCUUGCCUGGUUUCUCAUGGCCACACAGAUUGGACUUGCCAAAUUUGACUUCGGGGUCGUUUUGUCAACCUUCUACUUCGUCUAAUGCUGAUGCAAACUGUAGAAACAAUUAUGAGAUACUUCAGGCUGCAAGCUUGGAUGUUCGAAAAUCACAGACGGUAGCAUGCCAGAACUCUCAUGAGAAAGGCAAAGUAAAUUGUUUAUACCCCCCGACUGGGAGUAACACUAGCAGUAAGAUACUAGAGAAGUAUCCCCUCAUAACAGCUUCCCCGAAAUUUCUGGUAGACAACAAUGCAUCUGUUUGCUCCCCGUACAAUCCUUCCAACAGUUUUUUUCGUGUUUCAUGUUGUGGCAUCAGUGGAAGCUUACUUCUCAGUGAUACUGGACUUCUUGGAGUUGUUUGCACAUGCCAUGGUCUGUGCAUGUCAAUCUCCAAGUUCUUAGAGCAUUCAGGUUCUUGUGAUGCUGACCCUGGGAAUGCAGUUUUUAUGGAUAAUGGGGAGACUAUAGCUCACUGGUGGAAGGUCUUCUCAUCCAAAAUCAGGAUUAGAGUAUUGGAAGGGCCCAGAGGAUGGGAUUGGCCUGAAGGAAUUUCAGUGGCGUCGGGUUUGACAGAUCAUCCUAUUUCCAGCUUGUCAAACAGUUCCAUCACGUCGAAUCAAGUAGACCCUUGUAGAGCUUCAGCAAGCUAUGAGCAGAAAAGUCGCAGUGUCAUAAAUUCGAAGGAUAAUCAUAGUUUCCGGAACAUUGUUGAUGAAUAUCUACACCGUGGAACAGAUAGACCGUCAAGAGAUAGCGGAAAUUCUUUUUUCAAAAACUUCAUGAGCAAUUCUCACCAAACGCAACAUUUGCAUGGACUGCUAAACUCAACUUCUGUACAUUCAGAGAAAGCUUCUCAGCCUGUUGUGCCCUCGCUUAAUUUAAAAACAUCAUGCAGUGGCUUCAGUGAUGGUUCAGAAAACAGUUUAAUUGUUGAGAAACCAGGAGUUUCCUCUAGUAUUGAAUUGAGACUUGGGCAGCCGUCACAGAAAAGCCUGACAUUGAAUAUGAAACAUCAACUUGCUAUCGGGUCUAAUCUACGUGGCAUACAUGAGGAGGCUUCAAAUGUGUUUUGCCAGGAUAAGCUUCUUCAGACAAAAGCCAAUAAAUGGCAAGGUAGUGGACCGACUCACCAGUUUGCAAAUAUUAAUUUUAGUCCUGCCGGAAGAAGGAGGCCAACUCAUUUGGAGCAUGCACAUGGUGUGAGAGGAGGCUAUGCUGCAACUGCCAAUUGCUGGAAAGAUUCAUCAAAUAUUAGCUUGCAAACAACAACCAACUUAAGUUCUAAGUUGCAAACAAACAACCCCGAGACAAAGUGUCAAUUCAGGAACAUUUACGAGAAUAGCAGUUGCAGGCAUGCCCGUGAGAAUAAUCAUUAUGUAUCCAAUGCUAAUGAAAGAGACAAAAUUUAUUUUCCAUGUAGUUUGCCGGCUAGUACCAUCAAGGAAUUGGGUAUGGAUGUGUCAAAUGGCCCAAGCAAAAUGAAUGAAGACAAAGUAGUGGAAUAUGCUUUGGAUGGCUUGGUUGGUGCAGCCAAAUCACAUACUGAAGUCUCAGGGGAACUUAAGGGAAAGGCAAGAAGUUUUAACUUAGUUCUGGGAGAGAACUCCACAGCUUUUCUGGGGAAAAACCUUGAUUCCCACCAUGUAUCUACCACGCCUACUGAUAAAUCAUAUGGUAGAGAAUUCUCAAGCAAUUACUUGAAGAUCUCUUCGCUUUCUGAUAUUACCCACUUCAGUUAUAAUAAUCUCAAACCUAUCCAAAAUCCAAUGGUUUCUGAAGAGAUGCCUCUUGGGCCCACCGCCACAAAUUCAGUGUUUGUCCACAAUGCAGUUCCAACAUUGCCAAAAGAAAACAAUAGUCUAAUAAGAAAAGGUUUGCAGUACAAGAGUGUGGAAAUGCCUGGUGCGUGGAACAUGUUUGAUUUAUCUGGCAGAGACAAUGGCCCACCUGAAAGAGGUGUCCAAGAACAUGAGAUCGCAAAAAAUCCUUGUGUACUGUCUCCUGUGACAAUUGCUCCAUCAACAUCACAGCAUUCUGCGCAAUUAUGUGAUUCUUUGAGUAUAAUAAAAUUUCCAGAAAGGGGAGACAAGUCAAGGUUGCCUGGCUAUUGGAUGGGAUAUAAUUGUGAGAGAUUUUGUACAAAAGGAAGAUCUCAGUAUGCCGAAAAUUCUGUACUUCCUCACAUGGAGCAGCUUUAUUUAAGGGGAUCUGAAUGCAACUUUACUCGCAGCAAGAAAGAGCACUCCUCACAAGGUUUACCAUAUGCCUCUGUACCUGAAAAGUGCAGCUCUACUAACCAAGAAAAUUAUUUGGCUGGGCAGUAUGACUUGAAUGCUGGUAAUAUGGCAAAAGGAGAUAGAAUUGGAUUAGCUACAACAAGCUCACUUCACUCGAAGUUGAAGACAAACUUUAGUUUUCUGGAGACAACUAAAUCUUUUGAUAAAGCUAAAAGUUCUGUGGUACCAAACACGAAGAGUGCUGAAUCUUGUUAUUUUCAGUGGAGAGACGUGCCCAAAAAAGGAACAGGGAAUUGCAGUUUGACUGGUAAAGAACGGGAAGUUGUUUCGCACAGUUCUUUGGGAUGCCCUGCUGCUGAUGUUUCUAAGUCACUUGCUGAAUUUACUCCGAUUGUGGUUCCCGUGAAGGAGCAUGAAAUAACUAAUAUCUCUUCUGGAUGUUCUGCUCCUGAUAUGACCCAGUCAUCCAGUGAGGUUAACAAGAAAGAGUCUCCUACUACUGAAGUUAGGAAUAUCAGGUUUGCUGAUAAUCUAGUUCUGGAUAACGGAUCUGGAAAUUUCAGAAGCUGUUCAUCUGAUGAUGCACUUGAUUCAGAAUCCGGUCCUGAAUUCUGUGAAUCAGUGUCCAAGAUCAACUCGAUCAAGAGCAAACCAUUCAAACUAGUUCCUAGGAAGGAAUCUCUUAGUCUAGUUGAAGAGAUCAGAGUCCAAAAUUCAUUGCAAUUAAAAAUGCCAUCAUACAAGAUCAAGAGAAGUUACACCUUUCAUGAAGACAGUGAUUGUUUACAGAAUUUUGAGUUAGCUCCUAAAAAGAAGAGGAAAACAGUUAAAUGGAAGAAGCUGGAUGUCUCUGGAAACUCCUCCAUUGAUAACAAAACCCCAAAAUGCUCUGAGGAAGUUGGACAGAAUGCUAAUUCAUUCUCAGACAUGCAGAUACCACAUAAAGGUGAUCAACAACAAAGUCCUAGCAGUUGUGCAGAGUAUGUUGAGCAAAGUGACAAGCAGAGAAAUUCUGCUUUUCCAGCUGCCACAUGGAUCUCCUGUGGAAAAGACUUCAAGGAAGUUCAUCAACAUGAGCAUCAGCAGCAAUGGAACACAUGUAAAAGUUUGGUGGUUAAUGAUACUUUAAGAGCUUCUGAAGUGUUGAGAAAGGAAAGGUUAAGACUAAAUGAUGAUUCUUCCAGACCCAUAGAAACUCGAGAAAAUUUUUGCAGUGGUGCUGCAUUGACUGGAAAAUGGACAUCAUUAGGUGGCUGUAAUUCUCACAGUAAAUUCAGCUAUGAGAAACGGAUUGUCAAGCCAACAGUUUGUGGGAAGUACGGAAUUAUAUCUAAUGGAAAUCCAUCAAAGCCAACUAAAAUUGUUUCCUUGAGAGUGGUUCUCAAGACUGCCGCGUCUCUUGUAGAUAAAAGCAGCAGAAAAGCUGACAACUAUAAGAAACUGAAAUCCACAUCUGUAAAAGAAAAGAAGAUGAGGGUUAGACAUGUAAAUGAAACAGUUUUGGGCAAGAAAGUACAGAAGAGUCAAGUGAAUAAGUCUGGAUCUCACAGUUCACAUUCUAUUGAACUGGAAUCUAGUGACUGGAGUGAUGAAUUAGACACAGCAUCCUGCUCUGAUACUGAUGGAAGCGAUUAUCAGUCAUCAUAUGCUUUGCAGAAAGGCAUCAAACAUAGUACUGCCGACAGCAAAACCGAGGAUAAGCUGAAAACAAAGUUCAAGGAAGGUCGUAAGCGAAGCCUUCAUGAACUCUUAUCCAAGGGAAAUAGUUCCAGCGUUUUAAACGAAGUGGUGGAAACAACUAGCAGAUGUUGUGGAGUGGUGAUGAAAAAUGCUGUGGAUGGUAGAGCUCAAACAAGUGAAACGAACAAUGCACUGAGAUGCUCAGAGAAACACCUACCUGAAAACUCAGACAUGUUUGGUUGUGUUUGCGGGGGAUCAAACAAAGAUGAACACAGUCAAUUACUACAGUGCAAUAGGUUUUUACUUAAGGGGCUUCGAGAUGAGGGUGAAGCUGUUGACAAUAAGAAUGUUAGCUUUCAUCAGAGAUGCAUGCCUUAUGCGACAUCUCAUGUGAUAAUACCUGAUAGUGACAGUGAAAGCCUUCAAACUGGAGAGAGGUUCAGCUGUGCUCGAACUGAGGUUUACAAGGGUCGUAAACGAGAAGGAUUUUUUCACAAUCGUUCUCGUGACACAAAUCGAAGUGGUGGCUGCCAUGUUCCUCAAGAGCAACUCAAUGCAUGGCAGCACAUAAAUCGACAGAAACCACAGAGAAAAGGGCCUCCAAUGCUGUUAACUUGCAAUGUUGAAUCAGACUGUCGGAAGGCUUACACUCGGUAUAAGCAAUCAAAAAGUUGGAAACAGUUGGUGGUGUAUAAAUCAGGCAUACAUGCUUUGGGUCUCUACACGUCACAGUUCAUCUCUUGUGGAGCUAUGGUUGUGGAGUACGUAGGCGAAAUAGUGGGGCUGCGCGUGGCAGACAGAAGGGAGAGUGAAUAUCAUUCAGGAAAGAAGCUGCAGCAUAAGAGUGCAUGUUAUUUCUUCAAGAUAGAUAAAGAGCACAUUAUCGAUGCUACUCGCAAGGGUGGUAUUGCUCGGUUUGUGAACCACUCAUGUGAGCCAAACUGCGUUGCCAAAGUAAUAUCUGUGAGGACAGAAAAGAAGGUUGUGUUUUUUGCCGAAAGGGACAUAUAUCCCGGAGAGGAGAUAACCUACGACUACCAUUUCAACCACGAAGACGAAGGUGAAAAAAUUCCUUGCUACUGUAAUUCCAAGAACUGCAGGCGUUAUCUCAACUGAGACAAAAUCUGCUUCAUCAUUUUUGUGUAAGUAAAUGAAUGUGCAAACUGUAGCGUACAUAUAUGUUAGCAAAUUAUCCAACUUUUUUUGGAUUGAAACAUAUUAUUCCUCAUCAACGAUUUACAAGCCGCAGGAGCAUAAUUCCCAGUUGAAAAAAGUUGAUGUGUGUUGAUAUAUUAAAACAGAAGAUAUACAUGUUUGUUAUCUGA